CCACCGCUGCUUUAUUGUUGAUCGGCGGUGAGAGAAUUUCUCUUCAACAUUAAUAUAGACAGAUUAGCUUUCCCGCAAUUUCUCUCUCUCCAAAUCUAUAGCCGUGUUUUCUUCUUCGCUCAAAGGCCAAAAAUAAACCCUAUCUAUUGUCUCUUCCCUUCAGCUCUCUCUCUGUAUGUAUGUAUGACUUCAACAAUUUCAGACUCGAUAUAGUCUGACAUGGAUUUGGCCAAGGAGAAUCUUAUGGAUUUGCAAAAGACUUCGGCUCAAGAGGAGGAAUUAACAAAUGGAACUCAUGAUGUUGUUAUGGAAGAUAAAAACAAGGCAUCUGUAGGUGUUGAGAUUGUGAAAUCUGAUGGUAUUAAAACUGAGGAGUCUAAAACUGAAAGUUCGACUAAAGCGUCGAGCAAUGGGAAACUUGGACAUCAAUUUGAAGAUAGAGUGAGAAACUCGAGUUCUGAACAAUUGAGUUUACCUGUUGUUGAUGGCGUGAUAUGUAAUGGUGAAGUAUUAAUGCGACAGCAGGAUUUAACUGUUGAGAGUUUUGGUGGAGUAAGUGUUACAGAAGAGUCAAGUUGUGUUGGUCUUGAACUUCCUCAGCAUUCUGUUGUAGGAAAUCUCAGUGAGGAAAUCAUGAAAUCUGCCACUGCGGGUGAGGAAAAUGAUGCGGUGAAAGAGGACAUGCCUAAUGUGGAACACUCGGGUUUGAGACUUAAACCUGAUGACACGAAGAAUUCUUGUCUAGCGCCUUCUGAAUGUGACGUGGAGGAGAAAAUGAAUCCCAUACCCUACGAUGAGAACCAUUCUAGCCCGAAGAAAUCUGGUUUGCCAUUUCAAGGCGAGGAAGAGAGAAAGCUUUCUACGGAGGACUCUGUAUUGCCAAAUGAAGGUGACGCGACAAAUAGUAAUUCUGAUAACAUGGAAAGUGAACCUGCUAAUAAAACUGAAAAGAAAGGUUCUGUCAAGCCAAGAGGUAAAGGUAAUACAAAGUCAACUAGGGUUUUGAGAGGCAGCCCCAGAAUUUUGCGUUCAAGGUUACCGGAGAAACCGAAAAAUCCGGUGCCUGUUGUUAGUGUUACAGAAAAAAGUAUUGAUAGCGAGAAGACAAUGAAGGGAAGGAAGAAAAAGAAGGCAAAUAAUGUUCCAGUUAAUGAAUUUGUUAGAGCUAGAUCACAUCUGAAAUACUUAAUAAAGCGCAUGAGUUAUGAACAAAACUUAAUAGAUGCCUAUUCUGGCGAAGGUUGGAAAGGACAGAGCAUAGAGAAAGUAAAGCUAGCAGAGGAGAUACAACGGGCAAAAUCUGAAAUUGUUCGCACUAAAUUGAAAAUAAGAGAUCUAUUCAAAGGCCUCGAUUCAUCAAUUGCAGUGGGAAAACUACCAGAAUCUUUGUUCGACUCAGAAGGAGAAAUUGAUAGUGAGGAUAUCUUCUGUGCUAAAUGUGGAUCAAAAGAUUUACUACUAAAUAAUGAUAUAAUACUCUGUGACGGUGCAUGUGAACGUGCUUUCCACCAAAUGUGUCUAGAUCCACCACUCUUAAAAGAAGACAUUCCCCCAGAUGACAAGGGGUGGCUUUGCCCUGGUUGUGAUUGUAAAGUUGACUGCAUUGACUUUCUUAACAAUUCACAAGGAACUAACCUUUCUGUUCUGGACAGCUGGGAGAAGGUGUUUCCCGAAGUUGCAUCCUCUGGUAAGAAGCUGGAUGAUAUAUCGGAUUAUCCUUCUGAUGAUUCUGAGGAUAAUGAUUAUAAGCCUGAUAAUUUGGAUGUGGAUGCUGAAAUGGGAGAAGGAGAUGAAUCAAGUUCUGAUGAAUCUGAUUUCUAUUCUGCUUCUGAUGGUACCGGGGCUUCACCAGAUAGAAUACAGGAGUUGAAUUUAUCUUCUGAUGAGGCUUCACCAGAUAAAAUGCAGGAGGUGAAUUUAUCUUCUGAUGAUUCAGAAGAUGAUAAUUAUAAUCCCGAUGCUCCAGAUCUGGAUCAACAAAUUAAUUCUGAAAGCUCAUGCUCUGAUUUCUCAUCAGAUUCAGAGGAUUUUGGUGGUAUAUUGGCAGAAGACAAACCUAAAGAGGAACUUGUAUCUAUUUCAGCAGACCACACAAGGUCCAACAAAAAAGGCUCCUUAAAUGGUGAACUAAAAUCCUUAAUGGAGGAAUCCAAUCUUGCGCAAGGUGACAUUUCACUUUCAUCAGGUAAAAGACAAGUGAAAAGGCUAGACUACAAAAAGCUGCAAGAUGAGACCUAUGGAAAUGUUUCGUCUGAUUCGGAGGAUGAUAAUUCAACAAAGAGAAAGAAGAAUAAAAGUAUCAAAAGAGACUCUCCUUCAACUAGUGGAAGAAAAACAACAAAUUCUGGAGGCUUGAAGGAAGAGGAGGACAAAUGUGUACAUACUCCUAAGAGAGGAACACCUAGUCAGAAGUUGAAAUCUGAAAACAAAAAUGGUUUACAUGAAUCAAGUCCAAAUUCGUCUGAACAAGUUUCUAGUGCUAAGAAGUCGGGUUCCAGAAGACUUGGAGAAACUGCAACUCAGGGGCUUUUGAAAUCGUUCAACGAAAAUCAAUACCCAGACCGAUCUUUGAAGGAAAAUUUGGCUAUGGAGUUGGGAAUCACAGUACAUCAAGUAAACAAAUGGUUCAUAAAUGCACGAUGGAGCUUUCGUAAUGGGCCACGCAUGGAAGCAGUUGCUGCAGAAACUGCCCGAGAAAAAGUUGCUGCUAAAAGUGAGAGUCCAGCGUCAAAACAAGGAAGUGGAAGGAAGAAGAGACCAGCAGCUGCUGCUGCAGAAACUGCCCGAGAAAAAGUUGCUGCUAAAAGUGAGAGUCCAGCUAAAAGUAAGAGUCCAGCGUCAAAACAAGGAAGUGGAAGGAAGAAGAGACCAGCAGCUGCUGCUGCGGCCUCCUCUUCGAGAAACACGAAAAGAAAAGUGGAUUCAAGCAUUGAAAAUGAGGCAAAGUCAGCAGUCGAGGCGCCUGUUGAGAAGGGGCUGAGGAGAGGGCGGUCCAGAAAAAUUGAAUGAUGAUGUUGUUGUAUAAGAUGGUAAGAAAAAGCAGAUUUUAUUUUUAAUUUUGGAUGGGUUGGCAAAGAAAGAGUUAGAGGAUUGAUGUUUACUGUUUUAACCAUCCCUCAUUCAUUUCAUAAUAGUUUCUAGACAGUGUAUGAAUACAAUUUAACUUAUUUUAUGUACUGCUGCAUAAUGUACUCUCUUUUACUUAAUUGUUUAGACCUUGGAUUCAAUUGGUUAAAACAACAUUUAUUUUUCUUCUUA